AUGACGACGACGAGGAGGAGGGAGAACCAUCAAGACGGCAGUUUGACGGCGAUGAAACUAAGAAAGGAGAAGCAGUCCUAUGACUUUGAUGCCACCACAGAGCAAAACCUUGUUGACUUCUUCGCCAAUCCUAAUGAUUGUGGGAAGACCUACGAAGGAAUGAACACCAUGAUCGUCGGCGGUAAACUAGCAAAGGAGUAUGCGUGGCCUUGGCAGGUUGCUAUGUUCGAGGAUGGGGAGGUCAUCUGUGGAGGCUCCUUGAUUGACCCGUGGUGGGUCAUGACAGCUGCACAUUGCGUCGAUCUUUUGUCCCUCUGCAAUCCUGAAUUAUACACUUUUACAGUCGGUUCUAUCGAUACAACUGUAGACACUGAUGUCUCACAAGAACGUCAGGCCUCAAGAAUCAUUGUCCAUCCCAAAUACGACUUUAGAGAUGAUUAUAAUUACGAUAAUGACAUCGCUUUGUUUAAGAUGAACGGUUCGUUUACCCUCAGCGAAGAUUUCAAAGUGAAUACGAUUUGUCUUCCUACUGGCGACAUGGAAGACCAAUUCGUCGUCGGGCAGAAUGCAACAGUCACUGGAUGGGGAAAACUAAAAAGUGAAGAGGAAAAUUACCCUGAUAUGUUAUAUGAGGCAAAUGUUCCCAUCUAUAACUGGACAAAGUGCGAUCGGUCCCUAGCAGGGGAUGACAUCUUCACUGAUAACAUGAUUUGUGCAGGCUACGAAAAGGGCGGUGUUGAUGCUUGCAAGGGCGACAGUGGCGGCCCCCUGGUGGCGUAUCCAUCGAGUAACACCGACCAGUACUAUCAGAUUGGUGUGGUGAGCUGGGGGAAUGGGUGUGGCGAACCGAACUCACCCGGAGUCUACACCAGGGUCACACGUUAUGAAGACUGGAUUCGAUCUUUCUUUAACACCCCAACUCAAGAGUCAUUCAUUUUUGCAAACCAAUUUAUCAAUCGGCUAUCCCGCAGAAGGCCGUAUCGUUGUCAAGUGGGCUGCAGAGCCGAGUACAAAUAA